AUGGGCACUACAGAAUCUCGGUCGAAGAAACCCACACAUGAUCUUUUUGCUGAAUCAUCCAACGUGGAUGAAACUUUUAGGUUGGCCAGGAAAUUGGCAAGUGAGGAGCCAGAGUACGCUGAUUCUCUCUCAGAAGAAGAAGAAGAUGGGGUAGCUACUGCUCCUACUACUGCCGUGACAAAUGAGCAAGAUGUCAAGAAAGAAGGGCAGGGAAUAUAUGACAGUAGCGGUAACGCAGAAUUCAAAGGAAGCGAUACCGAUUACGAGACUGAUGCCACUUUCGGCAACAUCAAAGAACCCACUAGUCCAGUUGUUGGAGAAUCCAAAAAUACUGAUAGCGAAAUAAAUGACGAUUCACUAACAACGGAGGACAAAAUCCUUCUUUCAUUUGAAGAAGAUUCCGAAAGCAAAACAAGGGGUAUUAGUAGAGAGAGUAGUACCAAUGGUAGUACCAGCGGCAGUGGCAAUGAGAGCGCAGUAAAGCUAAAAGGUCAUAGACUCUACUCUCUAGAGAAAAAAGAAGAAAGAAAGCCACGUGGUCGUCCCUCGGCGUGUAUAUUUGUCGCUAGUUUAUCUUCUGGCCUUUCGGAUGAUGUUCUAUGUCAAUCAGUUACUAGUCAUUUCGCCCAGUGGGGUAAAAUUACUCUUGUCAAGGUUUUAAGAGACCCAGCAAAUAGACCCUAUGCUUUUGUUCAGUAUGACACCGAAAAAGAGGCCAAAACAGCCAUUUCUGAGGGUCAGCAUUCCAUAUUGAAUGGAAGAACUGUUCGCUGCGAGAGAGCCAGAGUUAAUCGAACCCUUUAUCUUCAAAUGAAUGAUAAAGGUGUGUCCGCCAAAAGACUCUGCAAAUUCUUGGAAGCAUUUGGAGAGGUGGAAAGAAUGGUAGCGGUUGAUCAAAACUUUGAGGCACUUCCAUCUCAAAAGGGUCCUUCCAAGAACUGGUUCGCAAAAUUUGUGUUCCGCCAGGAUGCCAUUAGUGCCUUUGCCAAUCUGAAAACAAAAGCAGCCUGGUGUAUCGAAUGGGCACAGAACUUAGAAGACGAAUACGACGACAUUCCAGAUGUCACCAUCGAUAGGUUCUCAAUCUUUGUUGGUCAUCUUGAUCCAAGAAUCAGCAGACAGGAAGUGGUUGAAAGAUUUGAAACGCAUGGAAUGAUUAAAGAAGCUAUUCUAGUGAACAGGCCGCUAAACAACUUCGCCUUUAUCAAGUUCAAAGAAAAGGAAUCUGCUGCCUCGGCCGUAGAAGCAGAAAAUCAUGCCCUGUUCAAAUACCAAACAAUUCAUGUUCAGUAUAGGGAGCUGUACAACAACUAUAGGAAAAAAUAUGCGGGGCUCUCCUCCCAUCGGUUGAAUUUGGCACCUCCUCCUAUCAAUUUCAGGAAAAAGUACUCGUUUGGGUCUACCGAUAGCAGACCAGGCUUAAGGAAAAGAAGCAUUUAUCCUUACAGAGAUGAUAUGGCAAGAGGACUUGGGAUGGGAAGUCGGCUCGCUCAUAAUGCAUUACCAGUAGGGGCCAUUUCGCAGCAGAAAUCAAACUUCAGGAGCAUUUCGGGGGGUGGACUGGCCCCCAACUGCAUCGUUGAUUCUCCCGGUGAAAUCCAAUCAUAUGCUAUGUCGGCGGGGGGUGCUAGAAAUAGCAUAGAUGACAAGGGAAGGUUGAAGCGUUUCAGUUUCACAAAAGUUGGUAACUCCUCUAAUGCAUCAACAAAGAUUGCAGGGCUCUCUAUAAAUCCUUUCCUGCCUGUCGAUGAGGAUUCUUCUAAAGCAAAUGGGAGCAAUGCGGGAUCACCUCUUGCCGCUAAUAGGGAGAUCUAUCAAGACAGCGACACCAUCAGGAGUAAUGCGACAACGUGUUCAGGAAGUGCCACGAAGUCUGGUUAUACGUACAGCACAGUUGAUGGCAGAGAAAGUAUGAACUCUGAAUUGCUUGAAGAAAUGAGUCAGCAGCAAUAUCCCCAACCGGGACCAUAUAACAUGCCUUAUUAUUACAUACUGCCAACAAAGGAUAUGGGAUAUAUGGGAGGUCAAUUUCCGACAAUGAUGCCGCCACUCAAAAAUCCUCCGGAAACAGAGGAAGCCUCAAAGGGGGGCAUUAGAGCAGUUUCAUCAAUGGCAUCGGUGCCUCGAACGGCAAAUUCGUCAACAUCUCCAGGAUAUUACAUCCCCUAUGCAGGAUUUUCUCAAUCACCUGGGGUAGCACCACCUCCAAUGUAUCCAUAUUAUCUCUAUUAUAACAACUGCGCACCUGGAAGCUCAUUGGAGAGUAAUAUAGCAGUGCCGGGCGAUCCAAGGGUGGUGCUGCAUCAACAGCAGGAUCCACAACAUGAAAAUCAGCAUCAGCAAAAACAGCAGAAGCAGAAGCUUGAAGGCAUGUAA